GAGCUGGAAAUGAAACUCAGAGUCAGAUGAUUAUAUUCAGAAUUUCAGAUCCCCCUCCCCCACACCACAGUCCAGUUCACAUACACGCUCGGUGAACGUGUUCUACGAUUUCUACGGCUAGCUGAGCUUGGUUUCUUCUCUUUGCUUGGUACUCAUGGCUCAACUCUUUUACUCUGCGUGUGCUUGCCUCCAAUUGCCUCCCCGACAUCCCGGAACUCCAAGUUCGUCCUUGUAUUCCAGUCAGUUGGGCUCCGCCAUACCACGCAGAAUCGGCAAUAAGCUGGCCGUCGUUACGAGACCUGAGGUUGAGACUGAUGGUUGUGGCACUGGGACUAGAGUAUUUGUGGUGUCUGACUUGCACACAGAUUACUCGGAGAAUAUGUGUUGGGUCAAGUCUUUGUCUUCCCGCACGCACGAUAAAGAUGUGCUUGUGGUUGCCGGCGAUGUGGCCGAAACCUACACCAAUUUCCUUCUCACCAUGUCCAUUUUGAAGGAUAAGUUUCGGCAUGUCUUCUUUGUGCCGGGUAACCAUGAUCUUUGGCUCCGCAGGGAAAAAACUGAUUAUCUGGGUUCUCUUGAUAAGCUGGAUAAAUUGCUAGAUGCAUGUUUGAAACUUGGAGUUGAAACUAAACCUGGCAUUGUUGAUGGUUUGGGAAUCAUCCCAUUGUACUCUUGGUAUCAUGAGAGCUUUGAUGGGGAAAGGGACAUAACUGGAAUCCGUAUUCCAUCCUUGGAGAUGGCAUGUAAGGACUUUCAUGUGUGCAAAUGGCCUGACGAUCUGAAAAAUGGAGGGACUUCCCUUGCUCUAUAUUUUGAUUCUUUGAAUGACGAGAAUUGGUACAUAGUUGAAGAUAUCUUGAGGAGAUGCAGUCAUAUAAUUUCAUUUUCUCACUUUGUUCCGAGGCAAGAGUUAUGCCCAGAAAAAAGAAUGCUCUUCUAUCCUAACCUUCCAAAAAUUAUUGGCUCAAAAUAUCUUGAGACACGAAUAAGAGCUAUACAUGGAGCUGAAGGGAGGCAAUCAGCAUGUCAUGUGUUUGGUCAUACUCAUUUUUGUUGGGAUGCUAUCCUCAAUGGUAUCAGGUAUGUGCAGGCACCACUGGCUUAUCCCAGGGAAAGGAAAAGAAGAAUGAAUGGAGGUGAAUACUGGCUGCCAUUUUGUAUUUACUCCAGUGGAAAUUUUGCAGAAAGGGUCUCACCUUGCUAUUGGUCUGAUUAUUAUUCUGUCAACCCCAGAACACCAGAAGUCACUCAGCUAGCCCCCUGGGUCUCCAGGUUUUACACUAAAGUUUGAUGAACUAAACAAAUUUUAUGUAAGGAUUGUAUGACUAGCCAAGACCGGAAGCCUUUGCAUCUCAUAGUCAUCUAGUGUUAAAUACUCUUUCAAUAGCUGUUGGAAUGGACUUAUGGGACCGCUCUUAUA